GUACUUUCAGGAAGGGAAGUAUGCGAAAGCACUUGCAUCCUACUCUAUCGCGAUAGAGCUCAGCGAACCUGAGGACGAUGGGCUGGACUCGUUGGAUGGGGUGGCUGCCAAGGCAACAAACCCCAAUGUCCACGUCUACUAUGCCAACAGAGCAUUUUGCCACAUAAAGAUGGAAAAUUUUGGCUCUGCGCUGGUGGACGCAUCAGCAGCAAUAAGAGUAAAAGAAGACUGGCCAAAGGGCUGGUACAGGCGAGGGACUGCCCACAUGGCACUGAACCGACCGAAGGACGCGCUGCGCGAUUUCAUGCAGCUAUGCAAGCUGGCGCCCAAUGACAAGGAUGCCAGAGACAAGUUAAAGCAAUGCCAGAAGCAGGUAAACGCAGACAAGUUUGCGAAGGCCAUUGGCUGUGAAAAAACAAAGCCUGCGAGCCAGACUGUGGAUGUGGCACAUAUGGACGUUGACGCGACCUACUCAGGACCCGUGUACCAAUCCGGGGCAUGCACAGCUGAGUUCUGCCAAGCGCUCAUGCAGCAUCAAAAGGAGGAGAAAACGAUAGCGAAGAAGUACGCCUACCAGAUCGUUUUGGAUAUGAUCGAGAUGUUGAAAGGAGCCAGCACCCUUGUCGACAUUGAGGUCCCUGACGCUGGAGAGGUGACGGUGUGUGGAGAUGUGCAUGGCCAGUUCUACGACUUGCUGAACAUUUUUUCGAUGAAUGGGGUGCCUUCGCAGGACAACCCAUACCUGUUCAACGGUGACUUCGUAGAUCGAGGGUCCUUUUCUGUUGAGGUAAUUCUGACCUUGUUUGCCUGGAAACUUGCUUUUCCGCAGCACCUGCAUCUGGCGAGGGGUAACCAUGAGACAAGGAAUAUGAACAAGUUGUAUGGCUUUGAGGGAGAGGUGACGAAGAAGUACGACGAGGAGCUGUAUCAGCUCUUUUGUGAAGCGUUCUGUUUGUUGCCGCUGUGCCACGUGAUCAAUAACCAGGUGUUCGUCGUGCAUGGAGGACUUUUCUCCAAGGACGACGUUACCCUGGAUGACAUCAGAAAGGUGAACAGAGAGCAAGAACCUCCUGAUGAGGGCCUGAUGACCGAGAUGCUGUGGAGCGACCCGCAGCCCGGUAGAGGCCGACAGCCUUCCAAGCGAGGAGUCGGCGUUGCCUUUGGCCAGGAUGUCACGGAGAACUUCCUGAAGGUCAACAACCUGAAGAUGGUGAUACGAAGCCAUGAAAUGAAGGAAGAGGGUUACGAGAUUGAGCACGGCGGCCGACUUGUCACGGUCUUCUCUGCCCCUAACUACUGUGACCAGAUGGGCAACAAGGGUGCCUUCAUCAGAUUGGAUGGGAAGACAAUGACGCCAAAGUACAAGUCAUUUUCCAACGUGCCUCAUCCCAACGUGCGGCCCAUGCAGUAUGCCAACCCGAUGCUCGGGCAGCUGUUUGGCAUGUGA